UUUUUGAGAUGGAGUUUCACUCUGUCGCCCAGGCUGGAGUGCAGUGGUGCGAUCUUGGCUCACUGCAACCUCCGCCUCCUAGGUUCAAGCGAUUCUCCUGCCUCAGCCUCCCGAGUAGCUGGGAUUACAGGCGCACACCACCAUGCCCGGAUUAUUUUUGUAUUUUUAGUACAGACGGGGUUUCACCAUGUUGGCCAGGCUGGUCUUGAACUCCCGACUUCAAGUGAUCCGGCCGCCUCGGCCUCUCAAAGUGCUGGGAUUACAGGCUUGCUGCCGCACCCGGCUUGCUUUUUUUUUUUUUUUGAGACGGGGUCUCACUCUGUCCCCCAGGCUGGAGUGCAGUGGUGCGAUCACAGCUCGCUGCAGCCUCGAACCCCUGGGCUCAAGCGAACCUGCCACCUCAGCCUCCCGAGUAGCCGAAACCACAGGAGCGCGCCACGACACACAGCUAACUUUUUUUUUUUUUUUAGUGUUUUUUCUUUUUUUGUUGUUGCCUUUUUUUUUUCUUUAUCGAUCCUCCCGCCUUGGCCUUCCAAACUGUUGGGAUUACAAGUAAGAGCAGUGCCCGGCCCCUACUGCUUUGAAACCUCGGUUCUUUGCAGGUCCUGAAAAAGAAAGUGAAGGGGUCGUGCAACAGCUCAAAACCCAGGCAACCCUUCCAGGCGCGUCCUCCACUCGGCGACAAUCUGACAAAAAGUUUGCCCUUUGCGCCCGAUCCCUCACACCAGAGAGCACCGCAGGGACGGAGGGACGGAGAGGACUAAUGGGGCCGGGGAGUACCCAAGGAAGUUGGGGAACUCAGACUCUUUUCAGUGUUUAAAAAGCAGAGGCCCCCUUGGAAGGCGUAACAGGCGAAUCCAGCAGUGCGCCUAGAGAUCAAAGGUACUAGGGGGUAUCUUGGCCCCGCUCCAAGGCUCCUUGUUCCGCCCCCUGCCGCCAAGCAAGGAAUCCGGCGCCGCUGGUCAGGGGUAGUAUUUACGACAGUGCUAGCGCUUUGCGGCCGGCCGCACAGCUGCUGACGCGUCGGGAGGCGGAGCCUAGGGAAGCAAAUUCUCCUGGCGGCCUCCGUUCAGACGCGGCUACUGUGACCUACCUGCCUCCUCCGCAGAGCAAUGGCGGUGUCUGCCCGGUCCGCGCGGACCUUACCCAGCUCAGAUAAAGUGCAGAAAGACAAGGCUGAACUGAUCUCAGGGCCCAGGCAGGACAGCCGAAUGGGGAAACUCUUGGGUUUUGAGUGGACAGAUUUGUCCAGCUGGCGGAGGCUGGUGACCCUGUUGAAUAGACCAACGGACCCUGCAAGCCUGGCUGUCUUUCGUUUUCUUUUUGGGUUCUUGAUGGUGCUAGACAUUCCCCAGGAGCGGGGGCUCAGCUCCCUGGACCGAAAAUACCUUGAUGGGCUGGAUGUGUGCCGCUUCCCCUUGCUGGAUGCCCUACGCCCACUGCCACUUGACUGGAUGUAUCUUGUCUACAGCAUCAUGUUUCUGGGGGCACUGGGCAUGAUGCUGGGCCUGUGCUACCGGAUAAGCUGUGUGUUAUUCCUGCUGCCAUACUGGUAUGUGUUUCUCCUGGACAAGACAUCAUGGAACAACCACUCCUAUCUGUAUGGGUUGUUGGCCUUUCAGCUGACAUUCAUGGAUGCAAACCACUACUGGUCUGUGGACGGUCUGCUGAAUGCGCGUAGGAGGAAUGCCCACGUGCCCCUUUGGAACUAUGCAGUGCUGCGUGGCCAGAUCUUCAUUGUGUACUUCAUUGCGGGUGUGAAAAAGCUGGAUGCAGACUGGGUUGAAGGCUAUUCCAUGGAAUAUUUGUCCCGGCACUGGCUCUUCAGUCCCUUCAAACUGCUGUUGUCUGAGGAGCUGACUAGCCUGCUGGUCGUGCACUGGGGUGGGCUGCUGCUUGACCUCUCAGCUGGUUUCCUGCUCUUUUUUGAUGCCUCAAGAUCCAUUGGCCUCUUCUUUGUGUCCUACUUCCACUGCAUGAAUUCCCAGCUUUUCAGCAUUGGUAUGUUCUCCUACGUCAUGCUGGCCAGCAGCCCUCUCUUCUGCUCCCCUGAGUGGCCUCGGAAGCUGGUGUCCUACUGCCCCCAAAGGUUGCAAGAACUGCUGCCUCUCAAGGCAGCCCCUCAGCCCAGUGUUUCCUGUGUGUAUAAGAGGAGCCGGGGCAAAAGUAGCCAGAAGCCAGGGCUGCGCCAUCAGCUGGGAGCUGCCUUCACCCUGCUCUACCUCUUGGAGCAGCUAUUCCUGCCCUAUUCUCAUUUUCUCACCCAGGGCUAUAACAACUGGACAAAUGGGCUGUAUGGCUAUUCCUGGGACAUGAUGGUGCACUCCCGCUCCCACCAGCACGUGAAGAUUACCUACCGUGAUGGCCGCACUGGCGAACUGGGCUACCUUAACCCUGGGGUAUUUACACAGAGUCGGCGAUGGAAGGAUCAUGCAGACAUGCUGAAGCAAUAUGCCACUUGCCUGAGCCGCCUGCUUCCCAAGUAUAAUGUCACUGAGCCCCAGAUCUACUUUGAUAUUUGGGUCUCCAUCAAUGACCGCUUCCAGCAGAGGAUUUUUGACCCUCGUGUGGACAUCGUGCAGGCCGCUUGGUCCCCCUUUCAGCGCACAUCCUGGGUGCAACCACUCUUGAUGGACCUGUCUCCCUGGAGGGCCAAGUUACAGGAAAUCAAGAGCAGCCUGGACAACCACACUGAGGUGGUCUUCAUUGCAGAUUUCCCUGGACUGCACUUGGAGAAUUUUGUGAGUGAAGACCUGGGCAACACUAGCAUCCAGCUGCUGCAGGGGGAAGUGACUGUGGAGCUUGUGGCAGAACAGAAGAACCAGACUCUUCGAGAGGGAGAAAAAAUGCAGUUGCCUGCUGGUGAGUACCAUAAGGUGUAUACGACAUCACCUAGCCCUUCUUGCUACAUGUACAUCUAUGUCAACACUACAGAGCUUGCACUGGAGCAAGACCUGGCAUAUCUUCAAGAAUUAAAGGAAAAGGUGGAGAAUGGAAGUGAAACAGGGCCUCUACCCCCAGAGCUGCAGCCUCUGUUGGAAGGGGAAGUAAAAAGGGGCCCUGAGCCAACACCUCUGGUUCAGACCUUUCUUAGACGCCAACAAAGGCUUCAGGAGAUUGAACGCCGGCGAAAUACUCCUUUCCAUGAGCGAUUCUUCCGCUUCUUGUUGCGAAAGCUCUAUGUCUUUCGCCGCAGCUUCCUGAUGACUUGUAUCUCACUUCGAAAUCUGAUAUUAGGCCGCCCUUCCCUGGAGCAGCUGGCCCAGGAGGUGACUUACGCAAACUUGAGACCCUUUGAGCCAGUUGGAGAACUGAGUCCCUCAAACAUGGAUUCUUCACAUCCUAAUCCUCCUGAGUCAAAUCCUGAUCCUGUCCACUCAGAGUUCUGAAGGGGGCCAGAUGUUGGGUGCAGAUGUAGAAGCAGCCAGUCACAGACCCAUUCUAUGCAAUGGACAUUUAUUUGAAAAAAAUUCUCAAAAGUUUUUUGCUUUUUUUUAGGGGGGUGGUCUAAAGCUGGUUUUAACUCUGAGAUUACAACUUAGAGGAACCAAGGAAAUAAAGCAAAUAAGAUUUAACAACCCAAGAUUAAGAGGCCAGGAGGAGGUUAGAAGCAAUGUGAAACUGUCCUCCUAGGAUAAGGUUUAAAGUGGCUUUUUGGGGGCUGGGUGCUGUGGCUCACGCCCGUAAUCCCAGCAUUUUGGGAGGCUGAGGUGGGCAGAUCACUUGAGGCCAGGAGUUCGAGACCAGCCUGGCCAACAUGGCAAAACCCCAUCUCUACUAAAAAUACAAAAAUUAGCCAGACAUGGUGGCGGGUGCCUGUAAUCCAACUACCCAGGAGACAGGCAUGAGAAUCACUUGGGCCCAGGAGGCGGAGGUUGCAGUGAGCCGAGAUUGAGCCACCUUACUCCAGCCUGGGCAACAGAGCAAGACUUCGUCUCAAAAUAAAUAAAUAAAGUGGCUCUUGGGGAAAAGCAAUUUAAUGUACCACGAUGGAUAGCUAACUGUUCCCAAGUGUUUGCUAUGUGCUACACACCGCAUGAGCAGUGUUACCUGCAUUAUCACAUUAGGCUGAGAGGUAAAAUAAUUUGCCCAAAGACAUACAGCUAGUGAGGGAUGGACUGAUGGUUUGAACUUAACGUCUGUUUGACUUAAGGUCCUGCACCCUGCCGCUUGUAAUUUUCAGAAUCACUGAUAAUCUGAAAUAAUGCAGCUUAAAACGUGUUUUCUUAAUUAAAAGUAUAAUUGGAUGGUGGUCAGGCUGUAAAUGCACACAAAGUAAUUUAUCUUCAUUGCAAUUUUGGUUCCUUCUUUGUUCCUAUUAUCUAUAUACACCCAGUAAGUGUUUCACUAGCAGUUAUGAGAGCAGUCAGAAUAGCAGCAUCAAAGUUAAAUAAGGAAAUCUAGAUGAUUGCUAGAUUUUCUCUAAAAAUAAGCUUAGUAUUUGGUAUUAUUCUAGCCUUUGGUGAGCAGAAGGGGAGGUAAAGUAAGAAUUAACCAAAUUUAGUAAGGGAUUAGGGAAUGCUUAGACAUUUUGUAGGUUUGGGUGUACAAGGGUAACUCAGGAAGCUCCUCAGUUCAGUGAAAAUUCAAAGGGUUAGCACUGAGCUAGGAAGCGAGAAUGCAGGGUUAUAAAAAAGGAUCCCUGCUUUGGGAGCUCAUGGACUUGUAGCAGAGACUGGUAGUAAAUUGGCAGUCUCAGUAACUUCUGUAAAUGAUUGCAUCUCUUUGCAGGCUUCUCUUCCCAUACUCUCCCCCACUCGUCCUUGGACAGUGUUCCUGGGGUUCUUUCCUAAGCAACUGCUUUUUCAGUAUACAUACUUCAGAUGAUUGUGUCUACUCCAGGAUUUCCAACCAUGCUAGGUUUCUUUCCUGUGCCCUAGACGUAUAGGUCUAAGUUCCACCUGGAUAUCCCACAGGGCUGUCAAGCUCAGUUCAUCCUAAACAGAACUUACAUUCAUCCCCACCUCAGACUUGCUUAUUCUUUAUUAUUGAAUGGCAGCUCUAUACCUUAGCCAAGCUGUUAUCUCUAGGUCAUCAGCCUUGACUCUUCCAUUUUCCUUGCAUUUCUUAUAAUUGCCAAGUCCCAUCAGUUUUACCUCCUGGAUACCUCUUGAAUCUAUAUAUAUAUAUUUUUUUUUGAGACGGAGUCUUGCUCUGUCGCCCAGGCUGGAGUGCAGUUGCGCUAUCUUGGCUCACUGCAAGCUCCACCUCCCGGGUUCACGCCAUUCUCCUGCCUCAGCCUCUCUGAGUAGCUGGGACUACAGGCACCCGCCACCACGCCCGGCUAAUUUUGUAUUUUUAGUAGAGACGGGGUUUCACUGUGGUCUCGAUCUCCUGACCUCGUGAUCCGCCCGCCUCGGCCUCCCAAAGUGCUGGGAUUACAAGCGUGAGCCACCGCGCCCGGCCUGAAUCUAUAAUUUUUAAAGACAGCGUUUCACUCUGUCACCCAGGCUAGAGUUCAGUGGCACAAUCUUGGCUCACUGCAGCCUCCACCUCCUGGGUUUAAACGAUUCUUCCACUUCAGCCUCCCAUGUAGUUGGGACUACAGGUGCCCCCCACCACACCCAACUAAUUUUUGCAUUUUUAGUAGAGAUGGGGUUUCCCACGUUGGCCAGGCUGGUCUCAAACUCCUGACCUUAAGUGUCCACCUGCCUUGGCCUCCCAAAGGGCUGGGAUUACAGGUGUGAGCCACCAUGCCCAGCCAAAUCUGUUUUCAUCACUACCUAUAUCUGUAUUUUCAACGUUUGUAUUAGCAUCUAGUUAGGGAUAGACCAGGACAGGGCCGACAUGUUAGUUGUCAAGCAGAUUGCCACCCUCCCCCACCACUGAGGAGGCCAAAUGGGGUUUGGUGGAAAAUCCCUAAUUCAUUCAAGGUAUUAUAUGGGCAAGCAAUGGCUGUGGCACAGGGUCCCCUGAUUACUUUGUAAGAAUGGGUGAGAGGGACGCUGAUUUUCAAUCCUUUUGCAGAUCUUCCCUCAUACUAACAUGAUAGAAGAUACCUUGCCACUAUGUUGUUUGCCAGCAAGUUUAGCUCUUUCUUUCUGUUUGCCAAACUCACUGUACCUACUUGACUGGUAACAAAAGUCCCAAGAGUUAUUUGGGAGAAGACACUUGAAAAAGUAUUUUUCUAAAUAUGGGCAAGGAUGCUGCCCUUCCCUAAACUGUUAGUAUACCACCUCUCUGACCAAUUUUCCCAAGGAAGAUGUUGGGGUAGGGUGAAGUGGAAAGAAAAAGUGGUCAUGUAAAUACUGGUAAUAAAAGCUGUUCAGUGGGGUAGAGUUGGGUUGCAACUGUAGCCAUUCUAAAAAUGGGCUAUCAAUGUCCUUUUAGCCAAAAGACUUUAGUGUACAUCUUCAUUCUACCCUCAGGAUUUGGAUCUUUGCCCCUGAUGGGUAUCCAUCCCCUUUGAAACUUUUUAGAAAGGCAGGUUAUAUACAGAAUGUUCAACCUAAAGACAUUCCCGGGCCGGGCGCGGUGGCUCACGCCUGUAAUCCCAGCACUUUGGGAGGCCGAGGCGGGCGGAUCACAAGGUCAGGAGAUCGAGACCAUCCUGGCUAACACGGUGAAACCCCGUCUCUACUAAAAAUACAAAAAAUUAGCCGGGCGAGGUGGCAGGCGCCUGUAGUCCCAGCUACAAGGGAGGCUGAGGCAGGAGAAUGGCGUGAACCCCGGGGGGCGGAGCCUGCAGUGAGCCGAGAUCGCGCCACUGCACUCCAGCCUGGGUGAAAGAGCGAGACUCCGUCUCAAAAAAAAAAAAAAAAAAAAAAAAAGACAUUCCCUUAAGUCAUACUUUCAUGCUUUCUAAACUAUAAUCACCCUUAUUAUCCCCUGCUGUUAUGCUUUCCCUCUGCUCUCUGUGGCCUAAUGUUCAUCCACCACCUUAUUAACCUUCAGGAUACUUUUCCCCUAGGCUGGGCAGGACAACACUAUCCCCUUAGUCUACAGGCUCCCUGAAGGUUGGGGAAUCUUUGUUUACUUAGCAAAUACUGAACAUAACCUUAAAGCGGUUACUUUUGAAAACUUCUCAUGCUAUUCUACCAACUUAGAGGCACCUAUUCAUGCUCAUUCCCCUAAUGUAGCCAAUAUGGUUAUCUGCAAUGUAUUGGCAUCUAAAAACUCCCUUAUGAAACUGCCAGACUUGUUCUGGAACAUUUCAAUUACAUGCAAAAUUCAGGUUCUCAAGUUGGAACAAGUCUAAUUGAUACACCUGCAUAGGUUUUAACCUUGCCCUCCCCCUACUUCCCAACAGAUUUCCAAGUUUUUUGAGAAGGAGCCUUCCUCUGGCCCAGGCUGGAGUGCAGUGGCACCAUCUCAGCUCACUGCAACCUCUGCCUCCUGGGUUCAAGUGAUUCUCCUGCCUCAGCCUCCUGAGUAGCUGGGAUUACAGGUGCCUGCCACCACACCCAGCUAAUUUUUGUGUUUUUGGUAGAGACGGGGUUUCACCAUUUGCCAGGCUGGUAUCAAACCCUGUCCUCAGGUGAUCCACCCGCCAUUAGCCUUCCAAAGUGCUGGGAUUACAGGCGUAAGCUACCAUACCCAAAUUUCCAAGGCUUUUUUUAAAGACAGUCUCACUCUGCUGCCCUGGCCAGAGUGCAGUGACACGAUUUCAGCUCACUGCAAGCUCCACCUCCAGGGUUCACGCCAUUCUGCCUCAGCCUCCUGAGUAGCUGGGAAUACAGGCGCCUGGCUUAUUUUUUGUAUUUUUAGUAGAGACGGGGUUUCACUGUGUUAGCCAGGAUGGUCUUGUGAUCUGCAUGCCUUGGCCUCCCAAAGUGCUGGGAUUAUAGGCGUAAGCCACUGUGCCCAGCCUCCAGAUUUCCAAGUUUUUAAGCCUCCAUGCAAACAGGCAUAAGCAAGCACUCCUUGGCUCUACAUUUGCAGGACGAGUAAAAAGCUGGACUACCAUUCA